UAAAGUUAUUUUGAGCUCAACUAAGAGACAUCUUCUCAGAGAGUUAGUUUCCAGAAUGGCUCUCAAGGUUUCUCCAUUAACGGUUUUUGUGCUUGGAAGUGUUGUGACAUUGGUCUGGGGACAUGGAUAUAUGAUUGAUCCUCCAUCGAGAAAUGCAUGCUACAAAGAAUUCCCUGAUAAAUGUCCGACCAACAAYAACGCCAACGAGCAGUUCUGUGGUGGACGAGAUGUGAUGAUUUCUCUCGGAGGAAAGUGUGGUGCUUGUGGAGAUAAAUACGGAGAUAAAAUCCAUGUAUAUCCRGGAAAAUAUGCAACCGGACUUAUUACAAGAAAAUACGCCAAAGGACAGGAAAUCAGUGUGAAGAUCCGCAUCACGGCCAAUCAUCAAGGAUGGUUUGAGUUCAGAGUAGGUGACGUAGGGACCCCUCCCAUCACACAGGCAAAGUUCACUUACCUUUUAAAGACACCCGAUGGCAAGACCAGAGUUCCAUUGAGAGGGUAUGGCUCGAGCCUCGAGACAAUCAAGCUUCGUCUCCCUGCUGGCUUGACUUGUAGACAAUGCGUCCUUCAGUGGUGGUGGAAGGUUGGCAACAGCUGGGGAUGUGAGAUGGUGAAUGGAAAGAGGAAAUGUGGUCUGGGAUAUGGUCCACAGGAGACGUUUGUUAACUGUGCUGAUAUUCAGAUAGGAGACGGGGGAGGUCUACCUCCUCCACCCCCCACGGGAGCACCGCCUCCACCCCCUCCCCCUACGCAGGAACCACCCCCACCCCCACCUCCAACUAACCCACCCAACCCAGAUGGAUGUAAAGCUACUGGGCCAUGGACGGGAAAUGCAAGCAUCGAUGCAUGGUGCAAGACAAAUUGCGCAGUUGGAAACUGUCCAAGYAACAUGUGUAAAUGCUGAUUAAAAAUGAAAAGAUAUU